GCAGCCGUAACUUCAUAAAAGACCAGAGUCACCAUCUCCAGUUACGUUGGUAGAAAGCAGAUUAAUGACUAUUCAUCGUAACGAUACCUCACAACCAUCAUCACAACGAACAGAACAACGUCCUACCACCAUAGUUAACACUACCACACGCCAAAUCAUCACAGACGAAAACCCAGUAACAGUAAUCCAUCCAGCCGCCAUGUCUGGGCACGGUGAAGAAACCGCCGGCGGACUAACCAGUCCGGCGGCCAAGCCUACAGAGAAGCACCAAGGAACGGGGAAGAACAUCGCCGACACCGCACAAGAAGAAGGCGCGUCGCAAGCGUCGGUACCGCGGUCGAUGCCCGAGAGCUCGGAGAACGAGGGCGAGAUCGUGCCGGCGGCGGGCCGCAUCAACGACAAGGGCGAGGUGAUCGACGACGAGGGCAACGCCAUCGGCAAGGUCGUCGAGGGCAACGCGCACAAGUUCAACAACUUCAUCGUCACGCAGGAGGGCGACAUCCUGAACGAGGAGGGGACCGUGGUCGGCAAGGCCGAGCCCCUGGAGGACGUCGCGUCCGAGCUCAACUACACGACGACCAAGUCCGCGAAGGGCGCCGCGCCGCAGGGAGACGAGGAGGCUGCUGAGCAGCAGACGGAGGCUGGCGAGGGUGGCGGCGGCGGCGGCGGCCUAGGCGGUGCGCUCUCGGGCGUCGCGGGUACCGCGCAGUCGGCGAUCGGCGGCGUCUCUGGAGGCGUUAGUCAGACGGCUAAGAGCGCUACGGGCGUCCUGGGAGAUCAAAACGAAACCCAGGGCGCGCCGGAGAGUGCUGUUGGCGAUACGGUGAAAGAGCCUGUGGAUGCCGCUGGUGAGGCUGUUGAAGGCGCAGCGGAAGGCGAGAAGGAAGGCGAGAAGGACUUGGAUGUACCAGACACGGGUGACGUCGCCGAGGGUGCUCAAGACGUUGCUGAAGGCGCUGCUGAAGGUGUGCAAGACACUGCUGAAGGCGUGCAAGACACUGCCGAAGGCGGCGCCGAAGGAGUGCAAGAUGUUGCCGACGAGGCGGGUUCAGCCGAUAAGCUUGACCUCGGCUCUAACCCCGAGGAGUUGUCCAAGGAAGGGCUUGUCCCCAUUGACAUCCCAUCACUAUCCCCCUCAGUCGCGAACAAGGUCGUCGCUUUAUUCGAAGGCCCAUUCACUGUCGCGGACGGAGGCAAGGUCAUGGACCAAAACAACAAGGUCAUCGGCAAGCUAGCAGACGGUUCUGACAUCCAAGACCUGGUGGGAAAGAAAGUCGACGGCAUUGAUGGUCAAGGAAACCUCAUAGCUGAUACGGGAACUGUGCUCGGGAAAGUUAACAUUGCCCCUGAAGGCUCCAUUGCGAACCGCAUCAAAGAGGCUGUUCCUGAAGCUGUCCCACGUCUUGAUGCCUUGGAACAAGAGGCUAAGCAUCAGGCUGAAGAAGUCGCACCGAUACAAAUCCCAUCUUUCGCCCCGUCUGUGGCUGACAAAGUCAUCGCCAUGUACGAGGGUCCCUUCAACAUUGCCGAGACUGGUUUGGUCACGGAUCAAAAGGGGAAGACUCUCGGCAAGCUCGCUGAAGGCCAAGACCUGGAGAACUUGGUCAACAAAGAGAUCAAGGCAGUCGAUGCCCAAGGCAAUCUGCUCGGCGAAAAUGAUACUGUCCUCGGCAAGAUCGACCUGAUCCCCGAAGGUAGCAUCGUCGAGCGCAUAAAGGAAGAGGUUCCCGAAGCCGCAGAACGCCUCAACGCUCUCGACGCAGCUAAACUUCAAGAGGAACAGAAGAAUCUCCCCGACAUCUCUACACUAGAGGGCAAGCAGAUCAACAAGGGCGGCUUCGUCGUAGACGACAACGGCAACCCGAUCGGCAAGGUGAUCAGCGGCGACAUCAAGAAGAUGAUCGGCCGCACGCCCGACAAGACCGGCAAAGUCUGGGACAACUCCGGCAACGUGAUCGGCGAGGUCGAGGUGCUGCCCGAGGUGAUCAAGAACGUCGACGCACCGUUCGAGGACUUCCCCGGCGCGACCGUCGACAAGUUCGGCAAAGUGAUCUUCGAGGGCCGCCAGGUCGGCGUCGUCGUCGGCGACGACUUCUCGCGGAUGAUCGGGAAGAAAGUCGACGCCGAGGGCGACAUCGUCGACAAGAACGGCAACGUGAUCGGGCACGCGGAACGGCAGGAGCUCGAGGAGCCGCCCGAGCCCGAGGAGGAAGAGGUCGACUUCUCGAUGCUGCGCGACAAGAAGGUCAACAAGCUCGGCAACGUCGUCGACGACAAGGGCCAGAUCUGGGGCCGCGUCAUCCAGGGCGUGCUGAAGAACCUCGUGGGCAAGAAGGUCGGCGACCAGGGCCAGAUCUUUAACGAUGCGGGACAGGUCAUUGGCAAGGCUGAGCCGAUCCCUGAUCACGAGAGGGAGGAUGUGAAGGAGCCCGCGCCGUUCGAGGCGUUCCCCGACGCGGUCGUCAGCGACGGGGGCAAGGUGAUGUUCAACGGCGAGCAAGUUGGCAUCGUCGUCGACGGCGACCCCAAGAAGCUGAAGGGCAAGACCGUCGACGCCGACGGCGACAUCCUCGAUAACGCGGGUAACCAGAUCGGGCGUGCCGAGCGCUGGGAGGAGCCGGAGCCGGAACCGGAACCGGAAAUCGACAUGUCGCCGCUGGCAGGAAAGCGCGUUAACAAAGCGGGCAAUGCGGUUGACUCGCACGGCGACAUCUACGGGCGCGUGAUCGAGGGCGACCUCAAGCGCCUGAUCGGCAAGAUGUGCGAUAAGAACGGGUGCAUCCGCAACGAGGCCGGCGACAUCAUCGGGAAGUGUGAGCUUGUCCCCGAGGCGGAGCGCGAGGGCAUGAAGGAGGGUCCUUUUACGGAGCUCCCCGGUUGCACCGUGAACAAAGAGGGCAAGGUCGUCACGCCGGGCGGUGAUGUAGUCGGCCGCCUUGUGUCGGGCGAUCCCAAGAUCCUCUUCGGGCGCACGGUCGACGACGAUGGGGACAUUUGCGACAAGAACGGCAAUGUCCUGGGCCACGCCGAGCGCUGGGAAGAGGAGCCGGUGCCGAAGGACAUCAACCCGAUGUCCGGGCGGCGCGUGAACCGCGAGGGCGGCGUCGUCGACGAGAACGGCGACCUGGUCGGGAAGCUGACGUCGGGCCUGCUGAGCGAGUGCGCGGGUAAGAAGAUCGACGACGACGGGGAUGUGGUGGAUGGGAAGGGGAAGACGCUGGGACACUGCUCGUUAUUGGAGGAGCUGCCGUCGGAGACGGACGAGGAGAAGGCGGCGCGGGAGCAGCGGGAGCAGGAUAAUAAGAUCGCGGCGCAGAUCUCGAUGUGCAUUGAGCACUCGCUCGACAAGGUGAAGCCGAUAUUGAAGAUGAUUACGGAUAAAAUCGACUCCGAAGAGCGCAAACCCGAAGACGAGCGGGACGAAGAGGAGCUGGUGAACCAAGUGCGGCCGCUCAUCGAAGAAGGCGGCAAGAUCCUCACCGAGGCCAACGGCGUGAUCCGCGGCCUCGACCCCGACGGCCGCAUCUCCACCAACGCCCAGCACAAGACCGCCGCGCGCGAGGCCACGCCGGAGGAGUACCGCCUCGCCGACCUGCUGAAAGACCUCACGGGAACGGUGACGGAGACGAUCGAGAACGCGAAGAAGAAGCUCGAGAACCUGCCCCGCGCGAAGAAGGGGAUCAAUCCACUCUGGGGAUUGCUGUCCGAGCCGCUGUUCCAGAUUAUUGCGGCGGUGGGGUUGUUGUUGAGUGGUGUGUUGGGGUUGGUGGGUAAGCUGCUUAAUGGAUUGGGCUUGGGAGGGCUGGUUAAUAAUUUGCUGGGGGGAUUGGGCUUGACGAAGGUGCUGGAUGGGCUGGGCUUAGGGUCGGUGUUGGCGCCGAUUACAGGGAAGAAGAAGUGAGUUUGAACAGCCGGGUGUAGUUUUGAUGUUUUAAUGAAGAUGGUUUGGCGUUUGUUUAUCUUAUUUUCUUUAUUAUCGUUGUAUACUGGAUGUUUUGUUCUGUAACCAUCUCUCUAGGUUAGGUUAGUGGUUUGUGAUUACUAGUAGUUUCAAAAAGUCUUUCGGUUUUGUAAUGGAAGAGUGAAACUUGGGGAAUGCAAUUAUCACGUUUUUAGACUCAGAAUAAUGUAUUCAG